AAAUUUUUUACAAAAUUGUUUAGUUGAAUAAUUUAUUAAUAUAGAAAAAUUAAUAAAUAAAUAAAAAUAUUAAAUAUACAUUUAUAUUGAUUAAUUCAAUUAAAAUAAUCCUUAAAACGAUAUAUAUAUAUAUAUAUAUAUAUAUAUAUAUAUAUAUGCAUCAAUUUUAUCACCAUCAUCAUCUUCAUCAUCAUCAACAACAGCAGCAGCAACAACAACAACAAAGUUAUCUUAACAACAGCAACAACAACAACAGUAGUAGUAGUAGUAGUAGCAACCAACAGCAACUAUUUAACCUACUGUCAACCUACCAACAUUUCAAUCAGCUCUCACACUAUCAAUUUCCGGCACACCCGACGAUGAUGUCACCAUCUUUUCCAACUACGUCAUCCUCUCAUCAUUUGCCGUCGGCUAACUCAGCAGCAGCAACGGCAGCGACGACAACCGCGUCAACUGAUUCUGUCAUUAAAAAUUGUCUCUUCAACAAUAAAAAUGACACGUCGACACACUUAACUACGCAUUUACAAGGCGUUAACAAGAUUUAUUUUCACAACAACAACAACUGUAGCAAUGACAGCAACAACACCAGCGACGACCUCAAGCCUGCUACUAAAAAACGAAAGAAAACAUCAAAACUAACUAAAUCCGAUUCAACGCCCAAUAAGGACGCUGAAAGUACUAAAAAUGACUUGCAACAAAACAACGUUGUGAAAGUUGAGCUGGAUCAGUCAGACAACAACACAGCGGAAAACGAAGACAGUAAAUCUUCAGUUAAAGACAGCAAAAACAACCACUGCAACAACACAGCGCCGACGACUACAAUUACGACGACUCCGAGCAUAAAUUUCAACACCCAAACAACGACAUCUACCUACAGAAAACUUCCCAACGCCACCACAAACAACAUCGCCUACAACCACAACGGUAGCGGCAAAAACUACUACAGCAACUACAACAGCCACAACAACUCGCCACCACUCUCGCUACAAACGCAGCGAGUUCUUGCGAACGUCCGUGAGCGCCAAAGAACGCAAUCCUUAAACGAUGCCUUCUCACAGUUAAGAAAAAUCGUUCCGACGCUCCCGUCCGACAAACUCAGCAAAAUCCAAACCCUGAAACUCGCAACCAGAUAUAUCGACUUUUUAUACGAUCAAUUAGAGAACAAUAAGCAGCAGCAGCAGCAACAUCAGCAGCAGCAGCAACAACAACAUCAAAGUAUGGACGAAUUUGCUAACGGUGGAUAUGUUUCCGGUUUAAACGGAAGUCCGGUCAUCUCCUCGGACAAGUUGGGGUACGCGUUUUCAGUUUGGAGGAUGGAGGGCGCG